AUCAAUAAAAAGUAAAAGAGAGAGUAUCAUUAAAAAGAGAUAAACAAAAAAAAAAAAACAUGAAACUCUUAGAAAUAAUGAUAUGUACAAAUGUUUUGUUGAUAACAAUGGCGAUAUGGUUCGUGCCCAUCAGUUACGGUCAUGGAGCUGAGGCCCCGAUGGUUGGUGAUGUAGCCAACUCACCUGGAAGUGGAACCAAUGGACUCGACCCUACUUGGUAUGACGCACGAGCCACAUUUUACGGUGAUAUCCAUGGUGGAGGCACUCAGCAGGGAGCUUGUGGAUACGGUGACCUAAACAAACAAGGCUAUGGUCUAGCCACGGCGGCGUUGAGCCAGGCGCUUUUCAAUGACGGGUACACGUGUGGGGCUUGUUUCGAGAUCAUGUGCACGAAUGAUCCAAAAUGGUGUUUGCCCGGAUCCAUCAAGAUUACAGCUACAAAUUUCUGUCUAGCAAACUACACCAAGACGACAGGCGUAUGGUGCAAUCCACCACAGAAACACUUUGACCUCUCCCUACCAAUAUUCCUCAAGAUCGCACAAUACAAAGCUGGGGUUAUCCCGGUUAAAUACAGGCGUAUUCCUUGCGCAAAAACCGGCGGUGUCAAGUUCGAAACCAAAGGAAACCCUAAUUUCUUAAUGAUCUUGCCGUACAAUGUAGGAGGAGCCGGAGAUAUCAAGGCCAUGCAGAUUAAAGGAAGCGGAACUGGAUGGAUAACCAUGAAGAAGAAUUGGGGACAGAACUGGGUCACUGAUGUUGUGUUAACCGGACAAGGCUUAUCGUUUAGGGUUGUGACGAGUGAUGGGAUUAGUAAGGAUUUUAUUAAUGUGGUACCAAAAAAUUGGGGAUUUGAUCAGACUUUUGAUGGGAAGAUUAACUUUUAGGAGAAUGAUUUGAGUUUUGCUAGCUAAGUGACUUAGCCAAGUCAUACUGCUAGAUGAAUAAAAGAAUUAACAGAUGUAUUGAGUUCAAAAGUUAUAAUAA